AUGCAGCUGACCGUCUCCCACGUCGUGGCGCUCGCCGUCUCGGCCCUGUCGAUGGGCACCUCUGGCAUCUUUGCCGCGCCCGCCUCGCAGGGCAGCAAGGGCGGCAUUCCGUACGUCAACAAGCACGACACGGUGCCCGCCUCGCAGCUCUCGUCGGCCGCCGACCCCAACACGGCCAACAAGAAUGUCUCGUCGGGCUACCAGCCCCAGUCGGGCGGCUUCACAAAGAGCCCCACGUACGCCACCUUUUCGGCGUUUGACCAGGCGUCGAUUGAGCUGGCGACGCACCAGGAGUACAUCGAGCUCGACCUGUUCAACUACGGCCUGGCCAAGUUCAGCGACGCCGAGUGGGACCAGUACGGCAUCGACGCCGAGAACCGCCACCUGAUCCGCCAGAUGGCGCAGCAGGAGAUUGGCCACGCCACGGUGCUGUCCAACAUGCUGGGCAAGACGGCGCCCAAGGCGUGCACCUACAAGUACGACUUCCAGGACGUGCCCGGCUUCAUCGACUUUUGCCAGAAGCUGACAAAGUGGGGCGAGUCGGGCGUCUACGGCUUCCUCAACCUGCUCGACAACCACGCCGUCGGCCAGAUCCUGCUCCAGUCGAUCACCACCGAGGCGCGCCAGCAGUUCAUCUUCCGCCAGUUUGAGGGGCUCUUCCCGAUGCCCGAGUGGUUCGAGACGGGCAUCCCGCAGAGCUGGGCCUGGACGCUGCUGCAAAAGUGGAUCGUGUCGUGCCCCGACGACAACGUGCCCAUCGCCUGGGAAAUCUACCCGGAGCUGCGCAUCGACAACAACCCGGACGCCAUCGCCGCCGGACAGGCCGCCGGGGGCGCCAGCAUCUCGAACAACGUCACCGCCCUGAGCUACGAGGGCAAGGAGGUGCUCUUUUCGUGGGACUCUCCCGGCAAGACCGAGGGCCCCUACAAGCAGAAGACGGUGACCCACACUUCGGGCUACCCCAAGUACGCCGCCUUUGUCUCGCAGUAUAACGUCACCUACUCGCCCCUGUACGACAUUGACAGCGACAAGCGCACCGCCAAGGCGCGCCAGCCGGGUGGACAGGUGCUCAGCGUCGGCCCGGAGAUUAUCAACAGCACGUCGUUCAUUGCCCUGACCGACUCGCAGACGCACUACACGCCUGCCAACCUGUCGCUCAUCAACCAGCACGUCGUCGCUGGCCCUGCCGUCUACCAGUCGGGCUAA